AUGAGUUCUCAGUCGUCAGGACGCCGCCGCAGCAACAUGUCGAACAAUGUUCGACAAUAUUCAGCGGAAGACCAGGCCUUAAAUAUGAUUUCAAAAGAAGCUGAAGCUAGGCUAGCUGCUAAAAGGGCUGCUAGAGCUGAAGCAAGAGAAAUACGUUUGAAAGAAAUGGAGAAACAACAAAAGGAGACUGAAGCAAAACAAGAUAGAAUUUACGAACUUACAAAUGAACAUGCAACCCUCAAGGUUCGACAACAGUUAUCCGGAUCAAGAGCUGGUUCACGGCGAGGAAGCACUGAAUCUAAUGACUCUGAUGCCAAGGAAACGGAUUUCAAGAAAAGAGCUCUUAAGAUGGCUGAGCUUCGAGAGCUGGAGGAGAAGUACAAGGCUGCCAUGAUGACCAGCGCCCAACUUGACAAUGAGAAACAGUCAUUGACUUACCAGGUGGAGCUCCUGAAGGAUCAGCUGGAAGAGCAGGAUGAAGGCUACACAGAACUACAGCGAGAAUAUAAGGACAAAUGCCGGGAAUAUGAUUUUCAGAAACGUGACUUGAAAAGCAUGGAACAUGAAUUAAGCAUAGUUAAACAGCAAUUAGAAAUAAAAGACAGAUUGAUAUUGGACAGUGGAUUUGUAAUAGUUGCUAAUGACAGUGGAGAGCCUGUUCUUGAAAAGUCAACACGGCAGAGCUCAAGUAAUGGUCCCCUUCCUCCGAGUGGUGCUGUUCUGGUUUCCGUAGAAACUCAUAACUUCUUAGAGAAGGCAACAGGCGCAAAUCUAGAUGAUAAGAUUAAAAACUUUGCUCUAGAAAGAGAGUCCUUACGUAAAGAGAUUAAAGCCUUGAAGAAUGAACUUGAAGACUACAAAUGUAAUGCUAAGAAGGGAGACCACUCAAGUAAUGUCAACCAGAUUAAUGGUCCUGAAAUGCAACUCUAUGAAAUACAGCAAGUCAAAAGAGAGGCCAGUAAACAGAUACAUGAUUAUAAGUUUAAGUUACAAAAGGCUGAGCAGGACAUAGCAACACUAGAAGGAAUGGUGACACGAUUAGAUACUCAAGUUAAGAGAUACAAAUCUGAUGCGGAAAGGGCUGAGGGAAUGGAGGAUGAGCUGAAGCAAGAAAAGAGAAAGUUACAGAAAGAGCUGCGAGAAGCAUUAACACAGAUAGAGGAACUACAGAACCAGAAUAAAAAUCUAACAGCUCGAUUGGAACGCAUAAAACAGACAAGGACUGCUCUAGGCAUUCAGUAA